CAGCGAUCAACAACUCUGUUUCUGUUUCUCUUUUAUUAACAUUCUAUUUUGUUUGGUUGUUUGGAUCAACAUUAUUUUGGCGCCAAACAUAACAUUGUACAAUUAUAAUUUUUGCACUAGGAGGAGGUUUCCAUAUACAUUUUAUUUAAAUAAUGGCCUAUGAACGCAGCUCAUUGCGCUAUGCGCAUACCAAUGGCUUCACCAGUCUCACAUUUACGGAGGAUGACGAAUCCAUCAUUACAUGUGGCUCUGACGGCGAUAUACGCGUGUGGCGAGGCAUCGACGAUGAUGAUCCCAGCUCCACUUGCCUAGGUGAGUUUGUCAUGUGUAUCGCUCAUAGUGGCAAACGCCUAUUGGCUUCCACUGAUCGCAACACUGUGCAGGCCUACACAUAUCCAGAGCUGGACAGUGACGGCACAUUAAUGCGUUUUACUGCGCCAGUGACAUGCCUUCGUGUGCACGAUAAAUACAUUGCUGCUGGUUCAGAUGAUACAAAUAUAAAGGUGUUGAAAAGUGAUGACAGCAAAAGUGAAUUGCAUUUACAAGGACAUAGUGGGCCAUUGCUCGGUCUAGAUAUUUGCAAUAAAGGUGAAUUGCUAGCUUCCAUAUCGGGUGAUGGUCAUUUGAAAAUAUGGAAUCUAGAUCAGAGUGGCGCAGAAGUGAAAAGUAUUGCGGGUUUACCUAAAACUAAUAGUUUUGAGAAUGCAGAGCAUUUUGGCACACCCUGCUUUGAGCCGCAAAGCAGCAAGUCAUUGGCAUAUGUGCAUGGUAAAGAGGUAAUAGUGUUGAACACAGAUACCUGGGAAGUGAAAUUUACGUUGUCCGAUGAACGAAACAAAGGCGAAUAUACGUGUUGCCGCUUCUCAAAAGAUGGACAAUUUCUCGCCGCGGGAACAACAAAAGGCGAAAUAAGUGUUUUUGAUUUUUUGCGAAAGCAGCCGCUGAAAACAGAAGCACCGUCAAGCGAAUGUCAAUCCAUAACCAGUAUAAGUUGGAAUGCUGCAGGCACCGAAUUAGCCUAUUGUGAUGUCACUGGUCAGUUAGGUACGCUCUUUCGUACAAAAGCUGGAAAUGGUGCAGUGUUCGCUGAUGGCGAAGCGGAAGAAGUUGACUUCGGUGAUAUUGAAUUCAAUAAUGAUGAUAAUGAUGAUUUGGCUAGUGGACUUGGUGCAAAUGAUGAAAACGGUGGCGAUGAUGAUGAUGAUGGCAUCUCAAUUGAGCGUCUCAAGAAUCAAGUGAUGCGUAAGACUGGUGGGUUUGCGGAAGAAACAGAUGACAAUACGCGCGAUUCAUUGCCUAAAUCAAUACAUAGCGAUAUCGAGCCACAACCGCUAGUUAAAACAUUUAAACAACAACCUGCUUUUCAACCCGGUGCAACACCAACUCAUCUGGAGCAUCGUUAUCUGGUAUGGAAUGAUGUUGGCAUUGUAACGGCACAUACAGAGGGUGCUGACGGUUCACUGGAUGUGGAAUUUCACGAUGCCAGUGUACAUCACUCACUACACAUACCGAACUAUAGCAACCAUAACAUGGCCAGUUUGAGCACAAGCGUAUUGGCUUUGUCUGCGGAAAAUGCAACCAAAUUAGUAUGCAUUGCGCUAGCUGCAUCCGGUAAUAAGGAAUGGUCUGUCACAUUUCCAGAUUGUGAAAGCACCGAGGCUUUAGUUGCAACCAAUAAAUUGGUGGGCGUUGUCACAAGCAUGCAAUUUUUGCGUUUAUUCACCGUAAUGGGCACACAGCGUGAAAUAAUCUCUAUACCAGGGCCGGUGUUGGCAUUGGCGGGUCAUGAGGAUCGCAUAAUGGUUGUUUAUCACAGUGCGCCACCCGGUACGCUUCAGCAACAUUUAUCCGCAAUGCUAAUACAAACAUCCGGCAUGCAGUUGCGUACGCAACACCUUGCUUUACCCUUAACGCCCGAACGUCGGCUGACAUGGCUUGGUUUUUCCGAUUGUGGUUCACCUGUAUUUGCUGAUUCAAUGGGUUUAUUGCAGCUUUAUAGUCUUAAGAGCCAGUGUUGGUAUCCCAUCUGUGAUACCUUAAAACAAAGUCAAAGCGUUUCAAACAAUUACUUUAUUAUUGCUGUAUCCGAACGUAGUCAAAUUAUACAAGCCGUAUUGUGUCGUGGCAGCUCAUAUCCAAUGACUAAUCCGCGUCCGAUGACACAGGAGUUGACACUGCAAUUACCUGUUUGUGACAUUGAAGUGGAGAAGUCUGAGUUGGAAGAUGCUUUGGUGCGUGCUUCCAUUAUGAAUAUGGAGCAUGCCGAUAAGACGAUCAAAGAAACAGCAAUCAAACUUUUCGCUCUCGCCUGCCGCAGUGAAGUGGAAAUGCGCGCUAAAGAGCUCAUAGAAACUAUUGCUUGUCCAGAACUCUUGCUCUUAGCAGUGAAAUACGCUACAAAGUUGGGACGUAUACAUCUUUCAGAUCGUUUGUCGGAGCUGAUGCCACAACUUGAGGAACAAAAUCAACGUGAACGUCAGGAGUUACAAGAAUUUGAGCAGUACAACAACGUGACACUAUCGCCGGUAAUGCGUGUACAAAGUCCCAGCUUUAAUAACAGUUCGUCGUUUGGCAAUCGAAUUGCACCAAAAGCAAUGGAAUUAACACAUGCACGACGUGCAUCACUUAAACGUUUUGCUAUGUCCAAUUCGCCAAUUACUUUUGGCAAAAAAUCCGCACUAUUAAAUGCUACAGAACGCAAUACGACUCCAACACCGACACCAACAAACACAGAGACAAUUGAAUCGCAAGAAAAUAUUCCAGACAAAAGUGCUGAGAAGUUAGACACUAACAAUGAUGAAAUAAAGGAAGUUACGCGUACCCCGCUUAAUGCAGUAAAUCCUUUCGCCGCCAAACGCAAACAUUCGGAAAUUGAUUCCGCCAAUAAAGGUGGUGUUUUAAUCAAUGGUGGUAAGCUGAAGAUAACAAAAAAAUAGUAUGUUGAAUGAUUGGCAUAAUUUGGGAAGAAUUAAUUUUUAUCUAUGUGUUUAAGUGUAGUAUUGUAUUUUCUAUGUGUUUAAAUAUAUUGACUCUAUAUUCAUACUCAGUUAAA